GUAGCAUUCAGGUAGUCAUUCUCACUCAGUUCAGGCCUCUUUUCGCAUAACAACAAUGCCGAAGCAACAGUCAAAUCAGCCAGACUCAACUCAUCACUCCGUACCAACCACACACUACCUUCCUGAGCGAGCUGGCGCUCCAAAACGCCAAGCGCACGAACGAACUGCGUCUCCUUCUCUUCCACAAAUGUGCGAAGCAUUUUGUGCUUCUUCGUGGCCACUGUCAUGACCGGUUCCGCAUUUGCAAACAGCUCGGAUUCAGCAAAGCUCACCCACAUCUGGACGAGGGCGCGCUGUUCGGCAGUCCUUCCGAGCAAUUGUUCCCUGCGCGGACCCGAGUCGCACACAUAGUGCGCAAUGGCAGAAGCUUCCGCGAUGCAAAAUCCUGAUGGAGUUUCGAAACCAGGAAUCUUGCCGUGCGGAAAUUUGGCUUUGUACUCUGCGCUCUGGUUAUCCACACCAUAGCGGAAGUCUUGGUCGAUGUGGAUUUCCAGUCCAUUUAGAUUUGCUGCCGCAAGGAUUUUGGUCACACGGGCAUGAUGGAAUUUUGUAGUCGUGAAAAGUGUACCGAAAGGCGCCAUCAUUGAAGAUCG